CGCUAGAGAGCACAAGUUUCGAAACAACGUGGUACAAGAAAAUUUCAACUUCUUUCACAUCAAAAUCAGCUGUGAACUUCAGUAUGGCCGCUCUUAUAUGUAGAAAAUAAAUUGUUUUUGUAAAAUCAUACAAAAAAAUAGGAAAGUGCAGUUUUCGUACUUACACCGAAUAGUUGUAUCUUUUACGAACAGUGUCGGUGUUGACUAAUAAAAAGUGUUGCGUCAUGACAGAAUCGUGAUUCUCUCACUGACAAACAAAAUAUAAUAAAAAUUGCGAAUAGCGAAUUACGGCGAGUAUAGUUAGCAUUUCUUUGGUUCGCGUUUCAUUAGAUCGUCGCUUGAGUGUUGGGAGCUGAUGUUUAUUGUGAACCGCGUCAAAACAUACGAGCAAUGAGUAGUGUGAGGUUGAGUCUAGUGUCUGUGGGGAGAUUAGCCGUCGGGAGAAAUUGCAAGUUGACAUCAGCCGUCCAAUCGUGCCGAUCCCUACGGCGUUCGAGCGCGCGAUGUCUCAGCACAAGCAACACUCUCUGCAAGAGCACAGAGCAGCCCCCCGGUCCGCACCCGCCAAAGGAGGCUGUCAGUUCUGACGGCACCUCAGGCGGUAAAAAAGGCGGAUCCGGCGUCCUUACCUGCCCAAAAUGCGGCGACCCGUGCACUCACGUCGAGACGUUCGUCAGUUCCACACGCUUCGUCAAAUGCGACAAGUGUCAUCACUUCUUCGUCGUACUCAGCGAAGUGGACACGAAGAAGAGCAUCAAAGAUAAUGCCGAGAACAAGUCAGGGUUCUACAGAAAACCACCACCGCCUCCUAAAAAGAUCUUCGAAUACCUAAACAAACACGUGGUCGGUCAAGAAUACGCAAAGAAAGUGCUGUCCGUUGCCGUCUACAACCACUACAAACGCAUAUACAACAACGUCACCAGCGGAACUCCUAGCGACGCACAUCAUCCCUUACACCACACGCACAGAGAUCUCCUGCACCUAAGUCACGGUAACCAGACCGGCGGAGCUGAUGUCCUGGAGAGACAACACCAUGAACUGAGACUGGACAAGAGCAAUGUACUCCUGCUGGGACCUACUGGCUGCGGCAAAACUCUCCUCGCCCAAACAAUAGCGCAAUGCCUGGACGUACCGUUCGCGAUAUGCGAUUGCACCACUCUCACGCAAGCCGGAUACGUCGGAGAAGAUAUCGAGAGCGUCAUCGCCAAAUUGCUGCAGGAUGCCAACUUCAAUGUGGAGCGGGCGCAGACGGGCAUCGUGUUUCUGGACGAGGUGGACAAGAUCGGAGCAGUGCCCGGCAUACAUCAGCUCAGGGACGUCGGAGGCGAAGGUGUUCAACAGGGCAUGCUCAAAAUGCUGGAAGGUGCCGUGGUGUCCGUCCCCGAGCGGAACUCGCGCAAGCUCAGGGGAGACGCGGUACAAGUGGACACCACCAACAUAUUGUUCGUGGCGAGCGGGGCCUACAACGGACUUGACAGGCUGGUGCAGCGCCGCAACAACGAGAAGUACCUCGGCUUCGGCGCCUGGGACGCCAGGUCCGGCCGCCGCGCCGCGCUGCAGGCCGCAGCCGCUGACGCGUCGCCGCUGGACUCGGCGGCGCUGGAGAACGAGGAGCGCGACGGCUGGCUGCGCAAGGUGCAGGCCCGGGACCUCAUCGACUUCGGCAUGAUCCCGGAAUUUGUAGGCAGGUUCCCUGUGCUGGUGCCGUUCCACUCUCUCAACCAGGACCUGCUCGUCCGGAUACUCACCGAGCCCAAGAACGCCAUGGUGAAUCAAUAUAAGCUGCUGUUCGCGAUGGACAAGUGCGAGUUGACGUUCAGCGAUGACGCUCUGAGGGCCGUCGCCGCGCUCGCCAUGGAGCGCAAGACCGGCGCAAGAGGCCUCCGGGCCAUCAUGGAAUCGUUACUCUUAGAAGUCAUGUUCGAGAUCCCCGGCUCGGAUAUCGGCGCAGUACACAUCAAUGAAGGCUGCGUGCUCCGUGCCGAGCCUCCGCUACGGUCCAGGAGACAACCCGCCAGGUCGCAGAGGGAUUCUUGGCCCGAGGUAAACGAAUACGCAGCCGAACCGAACAAUUCUAAUUGCUUUUGGUCCUCACAAAAUGGAUUUUAACGUCCAUCGAAAGAAGACACGACCGUGGAGCAAUCCUGCGCGCUGUGAGCAGACAGACAGACAUACUAAAUUGCCGCUCUGCGCUCUACUGUCAAAGGCGGGCGGCGUCGUACGAAACGUCACCGAGGUUUGACUUCUGUCAAAUUACAUUUAACUCUUAAAUAUACAAAGAACUACAGGAUUUACUAGAGCAAGUACUAGAUAAUACACUGAUCGUGCAAGCGACAGUGUUUAAAUACCACCAUAAAUGUCAAACUUAUAUGAAAAAAUAUAUUUACACGUCUGCAGUAAGAAAUAGAUGACAAGUAAUUUUGUUUAUUAAAUUAUUAAAAAUUCUAAUAAAAAAAACGCAACCCAAAAUAUAAAGCAAACUACAAAAAAAAGUAGUGUAGCAAAAAUUGGUCUCUUAAAGUCAACCUUAUUAAGUAUCGCAUAAAAGUGAAAUUCGUACGACGUUGCUCGUCGUCUCGUGAACUACUUUACUAUAGUUUAAAUUAGUUCGAAGUACAAUAAAUUAUAGUAUUAUGUUAGAAGCGUGUUCAAUUCAAACUACAGAAAAGAUAAACAAAAGAUAAUAAAUAAAAUGGAACAAAAACAUCUGCAAAAAUAUCAAAAUCGGUUCAUCGAUUACGAAGAUUAAGCACGCCCUAGCAUAAUACGUAGCUAAACUGUUAUGUAGUCUUCUAGUACUCCAGAUAGCAUUUCAUACAGCGCCCGACACAUUAUAUUACUGUAAUUUUAGCCAAAAAAAAUACCGAUACCAUUGAAAAAUUUUACGGUUUAGACUCACUUGUUUUUAGUCACUCGCGCGACAUGUUUCGGAGAGCCUAGGUCUCCUUUCUCAAGCACUAACAGUGUGAGCAGCGUUCACGAUGGCCGUGUAUCGCGUACUGCGGCUCGCCGCGUCGCACGCUGCGCGCGCCAUACCGACACCAUAUCUAAGACCCGUUGGUGUGCAAUCCUUUACCGAAAACCGCACUGAAAUCGGCUUGUCCGCUUGGGAGAUACGAAGCCACAGAUAGACAUUACAUAUACACAUUUAUUGUGACUGUUGAUAUUGAUGAUUAAAAACAUUUACAUUACACAUGUCAAACUUUUUUUUGAAUUAUAUUAAAUUUACUUUCAGCCUUCUGGCACCAAAUAAAAUUUUAUCUCAGAAAAAAGGUCUUAAAAGAUAAUUUAUCUUAAAAUAAGAUAAUACCUAUAUUGGCUGAAUAGGAAUUUAUUUUCGCCUCUUUAUAAAUUUUGAUAAAAACGAAAACUGAUCCCAAUCAAAAGAGCUGUAAAAUAAAAAAAUAUAUAAAUGGAAAAGAUCAAGCUAACUUUAUUUAUGUGUUUUCAACAAAUUACAGUAAUAUUAUGAGUUAUGAGAUGGGAUUCUGAUAGAGUAGAAUGCAUUAAUUCAUAUUCCCUUCGAGGUGUAUCUCAUGGAAACAGCUCUGAAAGCACUUCAUAUAUUUCAUAAUCUUAAUAAGAUCAGGUAUCAACGCCAAAUGGUGAGUGACAAGUCACCGUUCUGACCAUUCGGACUCACACUUAAAAUAUUUAGGUACAAUUGUCUUUAUGUCACCUUAAAACUAAUCUACGGAAAAAAAGCGUGCUAAACAACUAGAUAAAAUUUUUUAUUGGAAAUUCUUAACCCCCGUUCCAAAGAUUUGGUGCCAGCACCAUCCCCCCUUGACAGACUGGUCAACGUCACCCGGCGCGCCGCGGCGGUAUACUAUGAAACUUUUCAUACAAUAAAAUUUAGCGAACGCUUUAACGGUGACAUAUGGUUUGGUGCAACCGACCCUUAAGAUAUAAAGUACAACGAUAGUCAGUUAACACAUUCAUUACCACUAAGUGCUACGGGUUACGCUCGUAGCGCGUAGCCACGGUUUCGCCGUAUGUAGCGCGUAGUUGCUACGAACAGUGUACCCGACAGUCGGGUUCUUGGUGUUGAAUGUGUUAAGACUGUUAAGAGUGUUGUCAGUAAAUCAACAUUACAUUGCGGCACUAAUUUCAUAAAAUAGUAGAAAUUAAAUAAAAUGGAACUAAAAAAAAUUCCAUACUAAAUUGUUGCCAUGUUUAAGCAUUUUACGAAUGUGACAGUUACGUAGUAAGUGGCGCCCUCAAUAAUUUUCUACAAUUUGUAUAACUAUACACAUGAAUUUAAAACAUUGAAUAUCAAACAAUUUUUCAAAGAGAUAAAUGUUCGAAGUGUUUUCAGAGUACUCGUCAUACAUUGUUCUUAAUGCGUAGUUCCUUGUUGAGCCCUAUCCCGCGUGAUUCACAAUGUUCUGACAAAACUGAAAUAUCUGUUCUAACUAGCGAUUAACGCACAUGUGUCGUGAGCAAAAUGGCAUAAAGCGUCAUGAAAUUUUGUGAAGCGUCACAAAAUAAUGCGAAGCGUCACAAAAUGUUGCGAAGCGUCACGAAAUUUUGUGAAGCGUCACAAAAUAUUGCGAAGCGUCACGAAAUGUCGUGAAGCGUUAUACAAUGUCAUUACAAGUGCGCGCGCGAAUCGGGGUAUGUUAUAUGUUAUUAAAUAGUUGGCAAUUUAUCGAGUGUUGUUAUCCAUCAAGCAAACUAUGUGAUGUAAAUUAUUGUACAUAAAAAUAGAACAUUUUAAUAUUUUUUAAGGUAAACUUAGUCCCCCGCUACGGAAAGGGAAAUACUGAUAAAAAUUCAUGUUUUGACAUUUGUUAUUUUCUUAUACUAUACAUAGUUAUUUUUUAAUUUAUAUAAGUUGUGGUGUGAUUUAUGUGUGUACAUCUGAAUGCCUAAGGGGUGAGAAAUGGUUGUAAAAUCACAUUGCGACUUGGAUUAAAUAGUUUUAAGCCUAUUUUCAAAUUAAAAUAAUGAAAA